CCUGUGAGACUAUGCGAGUCUGUAAUUUAUUCGGCAACACUGGCUGUUUGUAAACGCUGCGCUUGUUGCCAACUUCCCGUCAGUCAUUUUGUUGUUUGUUCUGAUUUAUUCGGUGGAUAGUUUUUCAGUCUUUGAAAUCGUCGAAAAUCUUUGUCAUCGAAAUCGGUCAAGCAAAGUGACAUAAUGAGUUCUGGAAUGCCUGAAUUAGGCUCCAAAAUAAGCCUAAUAUCGAAAGCUGACAUUCGUUACGAAGGCCGACUUUUUACUGUCGAUCCUCAGGAAUGUACUAUCGCCUUGGCUAGCGUGCGUUCAUUUGGCACGGAGGAUCGAGAGACUCAAUAUCCGGUAGCACCUCAAAGCCAAGUAUAUGACUACAUUCUGUUCCGUGGUUCUGACAUCAAGGAUAUCAGGGUGCUAAAUAAUGUUCCUUCAAUGCCCAAUGAUCCUGCCAUUAUGCAGAUGUCUGUACCCCCAACUCUGGGUACUGGACCAGCUCCUGGGCAGUAUGUGGGGCAGUUUAACCAUCCAGUUGUUGGACAAACUCCAUAUCCUCAGUAUCAUCCAAUGGCUGGCUUUCCAAGUGGAGUUCACAACCAGCUCAACAAGACGAGUGAGUUGUCUCCUCAACAAUCUGUGGAACUGGCAUCACAAGCUCAGCCUGUAACGGCUCCAAUUGGUUCUGGAGUGAACCACCACUCCAACCAAGUGAAAGACCAAGGCUCAAUGCUUGACCUCAUUGGUGGAGGAUCCCAACAAAAUGCAUCUCGGUCAGGUACACCUGCUGUCGGUGUUCAUAGGAAAAGUCCAACAGCUGACCAAAGCAUUCAGGUUGGUACAGGCGCUGGCAGCUCAGGUCAACAACGGGAUAGCAGACGCGGGAGCAACAACACUGCACAGCAACAACAGCAGCAGCAGCAGCAACAACAAAAGGGCCAGCAACGCAAUCGUACCAACUCACGCAACCGACAACGUUUUCCGAGUGGCACGAAUCAGCAGCAACCCCAUCAACCACUACAACAACAACAACAACAACAACAACCUCAGCAACAGAAUAUGCAACACCAACCUAGACCUCAGCAUCACAAUCAUCAAGGGUUUUUUGAUGGACAAAACUUUAAUCGUGGAGGAUGGCGAGGCAGGCCACGUGGACGUGGCCGUGGUGGAUUCAUACCUCGAAACAAGAACACACUCAAGUUCGACAAUGAUUAUGAUUUUGAACAGGCCAAUACUGAAUUUGAAGAACUGAGGAAUCAACUUGCCAAAACUAAGAUCAGUGAAGGAGAUGUAAAAGUUGAGGGAACAGUAGAAGUGGACAAGAAAGACGAUUCUGGCAACGAAACGGGUGCCGGCGAACCUGAAGUCGAGGAAGAUUCGUCUUUCACUGGCUAUGACAAGACCAAGAGCUUCUUUGACAACAUAUCCUGUGAGGCUGUUGAGAGGUCAAAGGGGAGGUCUCAGCGGACGGAUUGGCGUACGGAGCGUAAGCUGAACUCAGAGACGUUUGGCGUAGCGUCGGCGCGGCGCGGGGCCUGGCGCCCUCGCGCGUCGUGGCGUCAUCCCGCGCACCACAACCAACACAAUCAACAUAACCAACAGUACGCGCAUCACCACUACCAGCAGCAACAUGCCUGGCGCUCCAACCGCGGUGCGCGCUCUCGGCCCUCCACCAGCACCGCCGCGCCGGAACAGUCUGCACCAGGUACUGUUACCCAGUCUACACACUAUACGAAAUAUGUCUCAAGUUGAUAUCUUCUCAUUAGAUAGUUUGAUGAAUUGUUUCCUCCUUCUUCUUUUUUGAUUGUCUUUGUGGGCAGACGAGCAUACGGUCCUAAUGGUGAGUGGUUACCGUCGCCCAUGGACUUCAGCAAUGCCAGGGGCAGAGCCAAGCCACUGCCUAUGAAGCGUUAUGAGCUGCUUGCUCGUGCUUUGCUCAUUUAGUGCAAAGUUGCAAGAUUAGUUUAGUGGAUCAGCAUUUAAUCUCUGUGACUCUGGCCUUUACCAUCUUCUGCCAUCUUGUCCUACAAAUAGGGCGCACGAGAACUCUGUAAGAGGUUCAGGUCCCAGCCCAAGAAAAAAAAAGGCUGAACUGUAUCCAUGUGUAGUUACUACCGUUCUGCUUAUUUCCAAUAUAGAUAGAUACAUAGUGGCGUUCAUGCUGUAAAGUAUAGCGGCUCCAGUAAUUAUUUAAUAUUUCAUCUAGAACAAACAAAUAAAAAAGUAUUGGCUUUUCAUGAAAUUUUUAUAAAAUUGUAAAAUUUUGUAAGUAAGCAAAGUAAAAAAAAUAUUAUAUUAUCAUUUUACAAUAUUGCAAAUCUCUUUGCAUUUUGCUAAGUUUAAAGAUGAGUGAUAAGAAUUCAAAUGCAAGAAAGUCAAAGGCUAUGAAGUUUCUGUAACUCUUUAUUUGUCUUAAACUUUCAAAUUCUCCCAUUCUUUGUUACAGCUAAGUAGAAAAGGGGAUGAGAAGACUACAAGACAGAAUCUUAAUUUAUUAUCGCGAGGACUUAUCACAAAUGGAAAAGUAACGGAAAAGUUCGAGUUGGUGAAAAAAGUGUUGAUCGAAUAUGACUGUGCGUGUGUGCUAUGUAUGUCACUACGGGAAAUAAUACUACUGAAAGGUUUUUAAGAUGGUGGAACAUUUUUUGGUGUGAUAGUGUUGUAUCCAAUUUAAUGGAAGGAAUGAGAAAGAAAUUCCCGUAAGCAUACAAUAGAUUAUUUCGGCCGAGAGAGCUCACAAGUAGAGUUUUGUAAGGAUAGAAAUGCUGUGGGCGAUCAUUGUCCGUUGAACUGAAUUUUGGCAUCAAAAUUGUGUGUUAUUGUCAAGGUUAUUGACCAACAUGAUGCUAGGAUGUAACUCAUGUGAUAUCAGAUGUCAAUAUUCUGUGGUGAGAAGGAAAACAUAAAAUGCCUCUCAACUUGUAAAUUACACCAAUGUCAUGUAAUUUCUUGCAUAGUGUACUGAUUAAUAUGAUUUAGCGCCCAAUGAAAUGUAUUUUCAUAAAGCUUCUCACCUAUUUGUGCAUUUGUGCCUAUAAUUGUUAGAUUAUUGAACGUUUUUAUUGAUUAAGCGUCAUUGCUCUUCCAUUUUUAUUUUAAAAAGCAAUGACGAUUAAAGCAGCGGUCCUACUAAUUUGAGAAAGAAUCCUUAAUGUGGGUGACUUAAAAGUUUAAUUGCCGUUUAGUUGUUUAUAGAUUGUAGUUAAAUAAAAUGUGAUGGUAGGGCUGCUGAUGCGGUCUCCAGUGACGCCAGCGCGGCUCACCAGGGUUACUACCAAAUCUCUCAGCGCGCUUUGAUUUGCGUCGCGUGUUUGUAUUCGUAAUCAAACAGUGAAGUGUUCCAAAGUUUUUAUCACAUUAAAUUUUAAUUGUAAAUCUAUUUAUGCUAGAAAAGGACAAAAAAAAUUUAAUAUCACUUUGAACAUUGUUAGUUUUCAUAAAAGAUGUGUAAAAAUAAAAUAGAGCAGCAGGGGUCCUUUUCAUGCUGAUAUCAGUUUGACAAAAGAUGUGGUAUUUGUAAAAUCUGUUUCUCAAAACUGUACCUGGUGAUUGUAUUAUUAUGAAAAUAUACAUUUACUACAAAUCUUUCAAA